CCUCCCUCUCUCUUGCUCUCUCUCUCUCUUCCCGUCUCUGUGGUUUGUAAGGUAGGUUGCAGUGUGUGUAUAUACACAACAUCAAGAGCAGGAAAAUGGACUCAUUAGGGAGGCAGGCAGUCAUUACCACUCACACUGUACUUCCAGGGAGACACCGAUUAUGAGAAGAGAAACUCAGCGCUGGGGAAGAAGAUAAGGAUACUGCAGCUCAGGGAGAUGAAGUAACUUACCCCACAUCAAACAAGUAUCACACAAAAGAAGUGUUAAGAAUUGCCCUUUGAGACUCUGAAGGCUGAAGGUACAGAAGUACUAGAGAUGUACUCUUAAACCUCACACUUCAUCAGCUCUUUUUGAAGGUACCUGAUAAAUUUCAAGUCUGUCUGUGCCCCAUAGCUGCACAGGUUUCAUCUGAAGGACUACACCCAGAUUCAUUACCCUUCAUUCAAGAAAUGUUGCCCAUGUCCACUACGACUCCUCCCAUCCGGCCUACUAGGACGGUACCUAGAGGGCCCUGUCAGAGCUCCUGUGCCUCCCUCCAUCAGGCUGCUUGCAACUGCCUGAAGUUACAUUUAGAGACUGAAAUCACUGCACCUUAAAAACAAAAGAUUGAGCUGCACUGCGUUCCUAAUGUUUCACCAUCACUAACUGAAUAUUCCUCACGUGACAUUACUGUCUGUGGCUGGUGGCGAGAGAAGCAGUGACUGGCACUUUUCCUCCACGUUUUGAGAGAAAGAGAAUUGGCUGGCUGGAAUAAAACCUUGCUUUCCAUAUGGUCGACUUGAAAUACUGCAUUGAAAAGUUCCUUGAUCAUCAGUCUGUGGCCUGCCCCUUCUCUUUAUAUGCAGCCGCUCUCUGUUCCCUGCCCCAAUGAUCAUCUGCACUAGGCCCAAGUCUUGGAGUGAUUUACCUGAAGAGUGACACCAUUUAUUUGGAAACUACUAUGAGGAAACUGAAGCCCAGAGAGGUGAAGUGAGGUGCCCAAGGCCACACAGCAAGUUAGAGGCACAGCUAGUACCAUAGCUCAAGUCUCCUGACUCCCAGUCCAGUGCUCCUCCCAUUACUCCACGGGUCCUGUCUCUAAGCUUCCUGACAAAUGCUAGAACGGAAGAAACCCAAGACAGCUGAAAACCAGAAGGCAUCUGAGGAGAAUGAGAUUACUCAGCCGGGUGGAUGCAGCGCCAAGCCGGGCCUUCCCUGCCUGAACUUUGAAGCUGUUUUGUCUCCAGACCCAGCCCUCAUCCACUCAACACAUUCACUGACAAACUCUCACGCUCACACCGGGUCAUCUGAUUGUGACAUCAGUUGCAAGGGGAUGACCGAGCGCAUUCACAGCAUCAACCUUCACAACUUCAGCAAUUCCGUGCUCGAGACCCUUAACGAGCAGCGCAACCGUGGCCACUUCUGUGACGUGACGGUGCGCAUCCACGGGAGCAUGCUGCGCGCACACCGCUGUGUGCUGGCAGCCGGCAGCCCCUUCUUCCAGGACAAGCUGCUGCUGGGCUACAGCGACAUCGAAAUCCCGUCCGUGGUGUCAGUGCAGUCGGUGCAAAAGCUCAUUGACUUCAUGUACAGCGGCGUGCUGCGGGUCUCGCAGUCGGAAGCCCUGCAGAUCCUUACAGCCGCCAGCAUCCUGCAGAUCAAAACCGUCAUCGAUGAGUGCACACGCAUCGUGUCACAGAAUGUGGGCGAUGUGUUCCCGGGGAUCCAGGACUCGGGCCAGGACACGCCGCGGGGCACCCCGGAGUCAGGCACCUCGGGCCAGAGCAGCGACACUGAGUCGGGCUACCUGCAGAGUCACCCGCAGCACAGCGUGGACAGGAUCUACUCGGCGCUCUACGCGUGCUCCAUGCAGAACGGCAGCGGCGAGCGCUCCUUCUACAGCGGUGCGGUGGUCAGCCACCAUGAGACUGCGCUCGGCCUGCCCCGCGACCACCACAUGGAAGACCCCAGCUGGAUCACGCGCAUCCACGAGCGCUCGCAGCAGAUGGAGCGCUACCUGUCCACCACCCCCGAGACCACGCACUGCCGCAAGCAGCCCCGGCCUGUGCGCAUCCAGACCCUGGUGGGCAAUAUCCACAUUAAGCAGGAGAUGGAGGACGAUUACGACUACUACGGGCAGCAAAGGGUGCAGAUCCUGGAGCGCAAUGAAUCCGAAGAGUGCACGGAAGACACGGACCAGGCCGAGGGCACCGAGAGUGAGCCCAAGGGCGAAAGCUUCGACUCCGGUGUCAGCUCCUCCAUAGGCACCGAGCCCGACUCGGUGGAGCAGCAGUUUGGGCCCGGGGCGGUGCGGGAUGGCCCGGCUGAACCCGCCCAACCUGAGCAAGCCGCGGAAGCCCCUGCAGAGGGCGGCCCGCAGCCGCACCAGUUAGAGACCGGUGCCUCCUCCCCAGAAAGAAGCACCGAGGUGGAGAUGGACAACACGGUCAUCACUGUCAGCAACAGCUCGGAUAAGAGCGUCCUGCAGCAGCCUUCGGUUAACACAUCCAUCGGGCAGCCGUUGCCAAGUACCCAGCUCUACUUACGCCAGACAGAAACCCUCACCAGCAACUUGAGGAUGCCUCUGACCUUGACCAGCAACACACAGGUCAUUGGCACAGCUGGCAACACCUACCUGCCAGCCCUCUUCACUACCCAGCCCGCGGGCAGCGGCCCCAAGCCUUUCCUCUUCAGCCUGCCACAGCCCCUGGCAGGCCAGCAGACCCAGUUUGUGACAGUGUCCCAGCCCGGCCUGUCGACCUUUACUGCACAGCUGCCAGCGCCACAGCCCCUGGCCCCAUCUGCAGGCCACAGCACAGCCAGUGGGCAGGGCGAAAAAAAGCCUUAUGAGUGCACUCUCUGCAACAAGACUUUCACCGCCAAACAGAACUACGUCAAGCACAUGUUUGUACACACAGGUGAGAAGCCCCACCAAUGCAGCAUCUGCUGGCGCUCCUUCUCUUUAAAGGAUUACCUUAUCAAGCACAUGGUGACACACACGGGAGUGAGGGCCUACCAGUGUAGUAUCUGCAACAAGCGCUUCACCCAGAAGAGCUCGCUCAACGUGCACAUGCGCCUCCACCGGGGGGAGAAGUCCUACGAGUGCUACAUCUGCAAAAAGAAGUUCUCCCACAAGACCCUCCUGGAGCGGCACGUGGCCCUGCACAGUGCCAGCAAUGGGACCCCUCCCGCGGGCACACCCCCCGGAGCCCGCGCCGGCCCCCCAGGGGUGGUGGCCUGCACGGAGGGGACCACUUACGUCUGCUCCGUCUGCCCAGCAAAGUUUGACCAAAUCGAGCAGUUCAACGACCACAUGAGGAUGCAUGUGUCUGACGGAUAAGUAGAAUCUUUCUCUCUUUCUUAUGAACAAAACAACAACAAAAAAGAAACAAACAAACAAAAAGCUAUGGCACUAGAAUUUAAGAAAUGUUUUGGUUUCGUUUUUACUUUUCUGUUUUUGUUUUUGGUUCGUUUCAUUUUGUACUACAUGAAGAACUGUUUUUUGCCUGCUGGUACAUUACAUUUCCGGAGGCUUGGGUGAAUAAUAGUUUUCCCAGCCUCCCUCGGAUGGUGGCCUUAAGGCCUGGUAGUGCUUCAAGAGGUCCACUGGUUGGAUCUCUAGCUACUGGCCUCUAAAUACAACCCUUCUUUACAAAAAAAAAAAAAAAAU